AUGAAGUUUGCAAAGGAGCUCGAACAGGACCUCGUGCCAGAGUGGCGCAUCAAGUACCUCAAUUACAAGGCCGGCAAGAAGUACGUCAAGGCCGUCUCCCGCGCCAUCAAUCGAGCCAACGGCAGCCCCCAAAACAACGCCAGCAAGAGCGAGAACCGCCUCGCCGCAAACUUCUUCCAUAGUCAUUCACCCUUCAACAGCCAGAAACAUGGGCAGUCGAGAGGCGGAAAUCCCGACGAGCGGACCUCACUCCGUCACAGCCCGGCUCCGGUCGGCUCAGCACGACAAAAGCCCGCGACACCAGCACGAGCGAUUCCCGCUUCCGCCAGCCACGAGCGUCAGGGGUUGAACAACGGUUCGAGCGAUUUACAGUACGGGAGCUUCGUCCACACGCCGCCGAAUCAUGAGACUGAAGCCCCGUUGGGCCGCAAGGCGACUUUUGAGCUGCCCGGGCCGGCGAUGCGUGUGCCGUCGCACCAAAGUGAUGCCAGCCCGCAGCCCAUUUCUACUCAAGACGACCAGCCCACCCGCCAGGCUUUACAAAGAAGCGCGUCCAUGAUUGCCGAUGCGCCUCGCUCUUCUGGCCCGCCACCGACCGAACACGAGAACACGCCUGCAUCGCUGCGGCUCCCCCACUCUGCGACAAUCGGAUCUGGAUAUAAUGCUUCGCCGAGGGGUGGUCUUCGGCGCCUGUUCUCGAACGCGUCGCCUCUGAACCGAUCAGGAACGAACCCAGAGUACGGGCUCCAAGGGCUGGCUAUUGACCUAGUCCGGCAGAAGGAGAAGGAAUUCUUCGACUUUUUAGACUCUGAGCUGGAAAAGGUGGAGGCAUUCUACAAGUUGAAGGAGGACCAGGCUGGAGAACGUCUGAGUUUACUCAAGGACCAACUGCACGAGAUGAGGAACCGACGGACCCAAGAACUGCAUGUCCAGAAGCAACAGGCAGAAAUCGACUUCUUGAACGGCGGACACGGCGACGCGGACGGUGCCCAAAAGGGCCCCCUCGGCUGGAUCGAUCCUGUCAAGUCCAAGAUCUUCCGCCCAGGACCAAACUCCAAGGCCCUGUCGAAAAUGGCCCAGACCCCAGUCAUGCGUCCGGAAGGCGGUGACGCAGGACGGGACUACAUCCGACGACCUCACGAACACGACGUUCCGUACCGAAGCGCCAAACGCAAGCUCAAGCUCGCUCUGCAGGAAUUCUACCGCGGGCUCGAACUGCUCAAGUCCUAUGCUCUCUUGAACCGGACUGCGUUCCGCAAGCUGAACAAGAAGUACGACAAGGCCGUCAACGCCCGGCCCCAGUACCGUUACAUGAACGAAAAGGUCAGCAAAUCGUGGUUCGUUAACAGUGACGCUGUCGACGGCCAUAUUAAGGCGGUGGAAGACCUGUAUGCUCGGUACUUUGAGCGUGGCAACCACAAGCUCGCGGCCGGCAAGCUGCGAAGUCUGAGCCGCAGACCGGGUGAUGAAUCAGGAAGCGCUUUCCGCUGCGGAAUCCUCCUCGGCACUGGACUGGUUUUCGCCAUCCAGGGUGCCGUCUUUGGCGGCCAGCUGCUAUUCGACGAGGAUCCCGAGGUACGGUCACGCACCAGCUACCUCUUACAGAUCUACGGCGGGUACUUCUUGAUGCUGCUCCUGUUUUGCAUGUUCUGCCUCAACUGUGCCAUCUGGACGCGGAACAAGAUCAAUUACCCCUUUAUUUUCGAAUUCGACACCCGGCAUAAUCUCGACUGGCGGCAGCUAGCCGAGUUCCCUAGCUUGUUCACCUUCAUCUUUGGAGUAUUCAUAUGGCUCAACUUCAGCGAGUACGGGACUAAUGAGGUGUAUGAAUACUACCCCGUGGUCUUGAUUGCUAUAUCGGUCUUUAUCAUCUUCCUCCCGGCGCCUAUUUUCAUGGCAAGGAGUCGAAGGUGGUUCGCAUACGCUCACUGGCGCCUAUUGCUGGCUGGGUUGUAUCCAGUCGAGUUCCGGGACUUCUUCCUCGGCGAUAUUUACUGUUCCUUGACAUACGCCAUGUGUAACGUCGAACUGUUCUUCUGUAUAUACGCCAACGCAUGGGAGAACCCGGCCCAGUGUAACUCUAGCCACUCCCGGCUGCUCGGCUUUCUAGGGGCCCUGCCUCCCAUCUGGCGUUUCCUACAAUGCCUGCGUCGUUACAAGGACACCAGGAACAUCUUCCCUCAUCUCGUCAACGGCGGCAAAUACACGAUGUCCAUCAUGGCCGCCGUCUCCCUCUCCAUGUACCGCAUCAACAACACUCACGGCCACCUCGCCAUGUUCAUCACAUUUUCCUCCAUCAACGCAAUCUACACAUCAAUCUGGGACCUCUUCAUGGACUUCUCCCUCCUCCAGCCCCAAUCCCGCCACUGGCUCCUUCGCGACAUCACCGCCCUCAAAAAGCGCUGGCCCUAUUACUUCAUCAUGGUCAUGGACCCCAUCCUCCGCUUCGCCUGGAUCUUUUACGCAAUCUUCACCCACGACACACAGCACUCCACCAUUGUCUCCUUCCUCGUCGCCAUGGCCGAAGUCUCCCGUCGCGGCAUGUGGACCUUAUUCCGCGUCGAAAACGAACACUGCGCCAACGUCGCGCAAUACAAGGCCUCCCGUGACGUUCCCCUCCCGUAUCGCAUCGAACCCCUCGUCGCGCCGCGGUCCUCAAUUGAGAGUGACGCUGGUAAGGAUGGCAAGGUACCCGAGGAAACGACCAGCGAGGCCGUAGUAGCACCUGCUGCUUCCGCCGGUGCUGGUGGCGGUGCUACUACUACUACAUCCGCAACAACAACCGCCAGACCAGCGGCAUCAUCCGACCCCCGCGCCGAGGAAUCCGGGACGCUCAGGCAGAGAGUCAUGUCCGGCAUCACGCCCAUCCAGCGCAGCUUCUCCAAGAUCAUUGCCGAGGCGCACAGGCAGGAUUUCGAAAAGCGGAGGAAGCCCGUCGACGCGGAGACGGAGCAGCUCGAAGAGGCGGGCGGAAUGGCGAGCGAUGACGAUGAUGAGGGGUCCGCUUCUGACGACGAUGGGGAGGGGAUCCGGUCGGGUGGGUCGGAGGCGGAUUCGAUGGAGAUCCGGCAGGGUCUGCUUACGACUAAUGAGUAG